GCGGCGGCGUGGCUGUCACUGCGCCCGAGCAUCCCGGGGUUUCCGGCGCGGACGCAGCGGCCGUGCGAGCAGCCCGCAGCCCGCGCCCUUCGCCGCCAUCAGCGGAGCACUCGUGGCGGGCCAGCGCCCGGACUCGAGCACAAAGCACGCUUCCCCAGGCAGCAGCAGCAGCAGCAGCUCAGCGAGCGGCUGGCCGCACGCCGGCGCACGCAUCCCCCUCUUCUUUGUUCCGGGGGUCGGCGGCCGUCUCGUCCCCACGUCGGAUUCUCCUCCUGGGGGUGGUGGGCCGCCGGGCUCAGCUGCGAAGAUGCCCUUGGAGUUGACGCAGAGCCGGGUGCAGAAGAUCUGGGUGCCCAUCGACCACCGGCCCUCGUUGCCCAGAUCCUGUGGGCCGAAGCUGACCAACUCCCCCACAGUGAUUGUCAUGGUGGGCCUCCCAGCCCGGGGGAAGACGUACAUCUCCAAGAAGCUGACGCGCUACCUCAACUGGAUUGGUGUCCCAACAAAAGUGUUCAAUGUGGGGGAAUACCGCCGGGAGGCUGUGAAGCAGUACAGCUCCUACAACUUCUUCCGCCCCGACAAUGAAGAGGCAAUGAAAGUUCGCAAGCAAUGUGCCUUAGCUGCCCUGAGAGAUGUCAAAAGUUACCUGACAAAGGAAGGAGGUCAAAUUGCAGUUUUUGAUGCCACCAACACUACUAGAGAGAGGAGACACAUGAUCCUUCAUUUUGCCAAAGAAAAUGAUUUCAAGGUGUUUUUCAUUGAGUCCGUGUGUGAUGACCCUUCAGUUGUAGCCUCCAACAUCAUGGAAGUUAAAAUCUCCAGCCCGGAUUACAAAGAUUGCAAUUCAGCAGAGGCCAUGGACGACUUCAUGAAGAGGAUCAGUUGCUAUGAAGCCAGCUAUCAGCCCCUCGACCCUGAUAAAUGUGACAGGGACUUGUCACUCAUCAAGGUGAUCGAUGUUGGCCGGAGGUUCUUGGUGAACAGAGUCCAGGACCACAUCCAGAGCCGCAUCGUGUACUACCUGAUGAACAUCCACGUGCAGCCGCGCACCAUCUACCUGUGUCGGCACGGCGAGAACGAGUACAACCUCCAAGGCAAGAUUGGGGGUGACUCAGGCCUGUCCAGCAGGGGCAAGAAGUUUGCCAAUGCCCUGAGUAAGUUUGUGGAGGAGCAGAACCUGAAGGACCUCCGGGUGUGGACCAGCCAGCUGAAGAGCACCAUCCAGACGGCAGAGGCCCUGAAGCUCCCUUACGAACAGUGGAAGGCGCUCAACGAGAUUGAUGCUGGUGUGUGUGAGGAGCUGACCUACGAGGAGAUCAAGGACACCUACCCUGAGGAGUACGCCCUGCGUGAGCAAGACAAGUACUAUUACCGCUACCCGACGGGCGAGUCCUACCAGGACCUGGUCCAGCGCCUGGAGCCGGUGAUCAUGGAGCUGGAGCGGCAGGAGAACGUGCUGGUCAUUUGCCACCAGGCUGUCCUGCGCUGCUUGCUGGCGUACUUCCUAGACAAGAGUGCAGAGGAGAUGCCUUACCUGAAAUGCCCCCUUCACACUGUUCUGAAACUGACACCUGUCGCUUAUGGCUGCCGUGUGGAAUCCAUCUACUUGAACGUGGAGUCGGUGAGCACACACCGGGAGAGGUCGGAGGAUGCAAAGAAGGGACCUAACCCGCUCAUGAGACGCAAUAGUGUCACCCCACUAGCCAGCCCCGAGCCCACCAAAAAGCCUCGCAUCAACAGCUUUGAGGAGCAUGUGGCUUCCACUUCUGCUGCCCUGCCCAGCUGCCUGCCCCCGGAGGUGCCCACGCAGCUACCCGGACAACCUUUGCUAGGGAAAGCCUGUCUAACAUGAAAGGCUCCCGGAGCAGCACCGACCCCUCCAGGAAACACUGAAGCAGACGCGUCGGUUCCAUUCCAUGUCCAUCCCUGCAGCUUAGCUUGUGUCCUUCCGUCUACCCGAGGCCAAAAACCGAUCCCAUGGACUUCCUCUGGACCAGGGUGGGGUGGAGGGAGGAAGGGACUGAUGGCUGAAGAGAAGCUACGUACGCCACCAUGCCCCUGUAGCUGGGGCAGCAGAGACCCCAGAAAGGCACGUGGAUUCAUGGUUUCCCACGUCGAGCUGCAUGCAGGCUGCCACACACUCUGUUCUCCUGGGGUUUUUGUGGUCUCUGGCCUCAGAGGACCCCCUUGAGGCUUGGCGAGGAUGGUGAGCAUGGAAGAGGUGAGGGGAGGCCCUGUCCUGUUUCAUUGCAGUGGUCUUGCCUUGUCGUGUUCACGGCUGGGGACACAGACUAGCAGAGGAUCCUGCAGCUACAGGAGGGCCAUGUCUUCCUUGCUGAAGGUCAAGGGACACUUAGAGACUUGCACGUGGCUCUUUGGUACAUCUCAGCCUGGGCAGGUGCCUGGUGGAAGAAUGGACUAGGACACGUGCUGGGUUGUGAGGAGCGGGGUCUCUUCUCUGCAGAAUUCCUCGGGCUUAGGACUCGCCGGUCUGCUGAGUGGUGACACAGCCUGGCUCUCCUGCACAGCCACAGGCCUUCCCCGGGCCUCACUUGGAGGAUGGACUCACUGGAUGCAGAGGUGAAAGCUAAGAUCUGCUCCGCAGGGCCUCCCUCUCCUAGGGAACCCUGAGUUCCCUCUACUCUCUUCUCUGGACUCGGAAGUACCCAGGAGGCUCAGUCUCCUAGAGCUGCUUGCUUUUGCACUUUGCUGUUGGUCUCAGAAGUCUGACCCACAAGUCGCACCUUCUCUUCGGGAACGUGGAUGUUUGGGUGUCAGAGGUCCUUGGGGACUUGGAGCCUCUGAAUGUGGGGACUUGGGCCUGCCCAUGAGAUGGGGGCACUCAGAGCAUUGGAAUCGCUGUGAGACGACACAGAGAAGCUCCUGCAGGACUUCCCUUCCUUCGGGGCUUGUGUCACCGCCCGCCUGUCCCAGCUGAGGACGAAGGCCCUAGCCAGGGGACUGUCUUCAUGUGUUUGUCGAGCAUCCACCAUGUGCCUGGGGCUGUGCCGGGACAUUGGAGAACUCAGAAGAGUAGAAUGUUGUCCUUGCCUCGUCUUCAGGGCAUCUGGAAGAUUUUUGCCAGGGUGGAAAGCCGGUGCACGGGACAUGUAGUUCUGAAUACCUGUAGUUUCUGCCUGUGGGUUUUGCCUCUCGUGCUGGGGCAGGAAGGGGUGUCUUGUGCCCAAAAGUGACACUUUGGGAACUCAGCAGUACAGCUCGUCCAAAUGACCCCUUUUAAGGAUGUCUCAAAGUUUCCAAGUGGCAAAGGUUACUUUUUCUUUCCUGCCUUCUGCUACUGAGCUUUGAGCUCCUCCUGCUUCUCCUUGUGUAAGGGGACAGAUCCCUGGGGUGAGAUCUGGGGAAAUGAGAUACCCUGCAGCUGGAAGUGGAGAGCUCUUUUUAUUUGUCUGCUUGUUUGUUUUGAGAGGAGUGUUUCGAGCAUGCACAUUUCCCUGGUUGAGAUUAAGUGGGAAGUGGGGGAGAACAUGGCUUCAGAUCCCAUAUGAUGAAGUGUUGGGUUUUUCAAACCAACUGGUCCAAGUCCCCCCUGCCCAUCCUACCUUGUUUAAUCGGCCGUCUGCUUGAGUCUCUUUGCUGGAUGACCUAACACUUGGGCAGUUUUCCCUCUCUCCCAGCAUCUUGGGUCUCAUCAGACGGAAGGGUUGUGUGCACAUGCACACGUGUGUGUGUGUGUGUGUGCGCCGGCCAGUCAUCUUUGAGACAGGAGGGAGGGGCCUGCCCAUUUGCUCUUGAGAAUGCCACUUUCGGGUCUCAUCCUGUAGUUGUCAGAGCUGACGCUUUGAACCUAGGUUGGGGCGUGGUGCAGGUGCAGUUCCCAUCUCGCCUUAUUUCCCGAAAUCAAGACAUAGAUGAAGAAUGCUUGAACUAACAUGGGGCUUUGGUGUGCCAGGGCCUAGAUGGGGAGAGAGAGAGACAUAAAGGACAGGCUGGAGGCAUCUUGGAGGAAGUAGAAUGCUGCUUAAUUUGAAAGCCAGUGACCUGGCUUUGGAGGAGGCUGUGGACAGGGUGAGCGUGAGCCGCAGCUGUGGUACCUCUGCUCCUACUGAAUCUUCACUCUACCCGCCCACUACCCCCCCCCCCCAAAAAAUCUCCUGGGACCAAUUUUCUUAACUUUGCAUAUUUGUUUUUGGGUGGGUUUCCCUCUCUGUAUUCUGUCCUGAAACCAUGGGCAAAAAAAAAAAAAAAAAAACUCUUCAUUUUUGGGGAGAAGAAAAACUGUUUGAACCACACCAAUGAUUAUCUUUCAUUUGUAAUACUUGAAAUUUAUUUUUUUAUUAUUUUGAUAGCAGAUGUGCUAUUUAUUUAUUUAAUAUGUAUAAGGGAGCCUAAACAUAGAAAGCUGUAUAGAUUGGGUUUAGUUGUUCAUUGGGUUUGGGGCCCUUUUAUGUGUGACUGAUGACUUCUCUGUUCUCUGUAUAUUUGACUGAAUUAAUAACCUGGGAGGAAGCUGUGCUCACUUUCAAACAGGGAAUGCCUUUCAGAAAUUUGUAUAUUUUGCAGUUGCCAGACCAAUAAAACACCUGGUUGAAAUAUA